AUGGCAUACAUUCUUGGAUUUGGCGAUGGUAUUUUGAUUAGUUUUGGGAUUAUCCUCGGAGCACUACUACUAUGCGUUGUGAAUGGGCGAUCGAAAGGAUUGCCUUCCGUGAUAACGUAUAUCAUAAUUGCUGCUCUUUUGCUUCUUCUUCUUUUCUGGUGGCCUAUCAAAAAAGCUGAUGAACCUGCUGUGGAGCAACAUGAAAAAACUGAUAUCAUCCUUAUUCCACGUGUGAUAUUCCUUAUUUUGCUUCCGUUCUUCACAAUCUAUCUCAUUAAUUUGUAUGUUCGACACAAUUUAUUCAAUGUUGUAAGAGCAGAGUCCACGUCUGAAAGACAUGGGCAUUCCUGGUUGAUGGAAACAAAGAUUGCAAGAAUGCGUUGA